ACGCAAUAAACUUGCAUUCAGGAGUAGAUUUUAUCAGCGUUUCAAACGCCAAACGUAUUUAUAAGCGUUUGGAAUUUUUUUUUAACUCUUCCAUUUCCAGAUGCUGUCCAGAGCCUUUUUUUCAUCAUGAAAAAUGCAUGCAAAGCGUUUUCAAGGUGCUCAAAUGGACAGAACACUGAACACAGGAUGUUCCUACCAAGCUUGUCACAUAUUGUAAUGACCAUUUCACAACUCAGACCUCUCCCACCUUUGGAAACAAAAGAUACGUUAAUGACCAUUCGCACCUCAAAUUCCUCAUGA